AUGUGGAAAGAACACUCUCUCGGACCCCCAUCCAUUGCAAUCCUCUCCCCCUCUGCCGUGGAAGUCCAGUCCGGCGGUUCCGCUACUUUAGUGUGUCUGGUGUUCGGGGUAUCCGAGCAGGCUCGCGUCUACUGGGACAUAGCGGGGAGUGUUCGACACGGACUGACCGACUCCGGAUCCGGAGAUUCCAAUAAAUCCACUCCGGACUUUAUCAGGAAUCAGAUCACCAUUCCGGUCGAGGUCUGGAGCAGCGGGGCCGCGUGUACCUGUGUAGUGGAAACAGAGAGCGGGCGCAAUAUGAGCAAAACCGUGACAAAGAUUGGAAACCCUAAAGCGUGCGCUGUGCUGCACUAUGGAAUGCUGGCAGUCGUGUCCUUCAUUCUCAUCACUUUGCUAAUAAUAUUAGUCAUGAUUUUCUACCGAAGGAAAACAGGUGCAGGUCAAACAAAUUCAUAUUCGGCAAAUGAACGAGAUGACGUCACACAGACAGCUGUGAGGUAUAAACACCAGACUGCAGGCAGGAACACUAAGAAGCCAGGCUCUGGUGCAAGACAGCACAGCGGUGCGAAGCUGAGAGCGGAGAGAGGGGAUGUGCAGUAUGCCAGUCUGGAGUUCGACCGGCAAGGACGACGGUGAUGAUGUCACCCCCACGUGGAAUGAGAUACACCUGUCUCGUGGGACAAUCAACUGUGUUCCUCCACACCUGGGGCUUUCUGGGAGCUGAUAUAUAGUAAUACGCUAUAGAUUCAAUAAACUGGUUCCCUUUUCUUCUGUUGAAACCUGGUUCUUGGCUUGUAUGUUAUAUAAUACAUUUUGUCCAGGUAUUCAUGCUUAUAAUGAGGAUCACAGAGCUACUCCAUACGAGCUGACCUGUAUAGCGGAACUCAGAGUAAAGAAAUGAAGCUACUUCCUGUUUAAACUCUAUCUGGACAGGUAGCAUUCUGAAGAAAUAAAGACUCAGUUAUAAACUUAAAAAAUAGUGUUUCUCAUUUUAAAAUGUAAAUAAAAAAACCCUGUCCUGUCCUUAAUUAGCUUCAGUCAAGCUUUCCCCUGCACCUCUGGCCAUGGAGGACAGCAUAUGGUACUUCACAGGCUUUUGAUAAAAACAUAUGAGAAGUGAAAAGUUCAACUACACAAUGAUAAGGGGGGCAGUGAUAACACUGAAGCUAAUAUAAGGAAAGCGAUUUUAAAACUACACUCGCCUUCAUUUCCAGUCAACACUGGAGCAUGCAUUCUAAACAUUCUGCUUGGAAUUGUAAUGGGGAAACCCGUUCUCAACAACGAGGGCCCAUGUUUGCCAAGGAUGCCAGACAGUUCUCUGGUCUGCAAUCAUUGUUCUAAAACCAGAAAGAUUGGAUUAUUUGUUAUAAAUUAGUCAAAAACAAUAACGCACUGUUGUGAUGUAGGACCUGUAAUCAUAAAGAAUAACACACUGUGUUGUGAUAUAGGACCUGUAUCAAGGCUCCUGCGAACACAGCCCCCAGAUGAAAAAUCUAAGUUACAUUCUUUUGUGAAAAUGAUUCAUCUCCACGAUCUAUGCUGCAGUGCGCCCGGAGCCUGCCUAGAAAUCCAGCCCUGCGAUUAGUCAUGCUGUGCUGAGCGCGGAGAAGGCGCUGUGAGAGUUUACCAGAGUUUACCAGUUAAAAUCAAUCUUAUGUACUGGAAUAUUGGUAUUAGAAAUUGCGUUUUGCAGCAUACCAUGAAGUCAUUGCUCAAAGCUAGUUGUAGUCUAGGCUAUGUAUUACUUUAGUUCAUCCAGUGACAGUGUGGAUAUUGGAAGGCAGUAAUGUAACAUCCUGUAAGCUUGCUUAAAACUGCAAUCACUGUCUGCACAAUCAACUGCUUACAUGGUGAGG